AAUAAUUUCUACCGAUAUGAGAUGGGACUAAUCUGAUCUUGUUUUUUUGGAAUUUUAGCAUGUAUGUGAUAAUUGAAUUCACGGAAACGGGAGAGGUGGAGGCUGUGCCAGACACUUGGUUAAGAGACGAUAGCGUGCUAUGGCCACCACACUCCAGCGGGACGAUUCAAAAUCUUAUUAAGAAUCGCGGUGCCCCAAAAGAGUGUUGGAAUACGUACGAAAUACGUCAACUAACCACUGCAAGUCAUUAUGAGAAGGCAAGACAAAGGCUACGAAAGGCAGAAUAUACAUCCGACCUGCAGUCCGACGAGGACAAUGGUACGCAGAAAAGAAAGAAAAGGCCUACUUUAAGGUACAUAGAGGAAUCAGAUAGUGAUCGAGCUGGAGGUUUCCCCCACACCAAAAAAGAAAACGAUGGAGAGAGGUUCGAAUUCUCUGCCGCCGCUGCCACCAACACCACCAACAAUGCUGCAGAAGAGCAUGCCUGUGGCUGAACGGACAACACCGCAGGCACGUCAGAGCAGGACUGC